ACGCGCGGUUGAGGCGGUACAUUGCAUGUAGCAUCGACGAAGCGCGGGCUACUUCUUGAGAAUACGUCCUAGUAGUUGAUCAUCGUUUCUGAUGACCAGCGAAAGGAUAUAUCGGAGAGGAGUCUUGCUUUUUGUCGACAGAAGACGGCAAAUCUUUGGAAACCAUCCCUCCUCCGGGAAAUCGGCAUCGUAUGUAGAAUACUGUUAUCUGCUUUUUACGACAGUCUCCGCGUUCUGUGGUAGUGCAGCACUUAGUUUACAAUACACGUCGUCUUCAGCAGGAACCAACCCCCAGGGAGUCCAAAGGGUCGUGCGACUCAACGAGCCGGCGAAGUCUCGCGCAGUUGUUGCUCGUCUUCGGAACGGGAACAAUGCGGGAACCCUAGCAGGAUUAUACUGAGCAUCGUGUGUGUGGGGGAAAUAUAUUACAUCCGUGGCUUCGCAACUCAAGCUGA